UGUAAAAGAGUCGUUCAGAGGGAAUCGACUCCUCACGAGUCGCGCAUCACUAGGCGAGUAGCGGCUGAGUUGCGGGAGAAUCCUCGGGAAGCGCGCGAGACUGCGGCUCCGUUCCGGCAGCAUUAAGACCUGCAGCGAUGGCGAAGGAAGGACCGGAGAGCGCGGAGGAGACGGAGCACAUGAUCGAGAGAAACGGGGUGAAGGAGCCGGAAAGCGCAGCUUCUGCCUCCGCGGCGGAUCCCAAAGAAAUGCGGGCUGUGCUGCUGACCGGAUUCGGGGGUCUAAACAAACUCAAAGUCACCAAGAAGCCCAUGCCCGAGCCCCAGGAGGGAGAAGUGAAGAUCCGGGUGAAAGCAUGUGGAUUGAAUUUCCUUGACCUCAUGGUCCGGCAAGGGAAUAUUGAUAAUCCUCCUAAAACGCCUCUUGUGCCUGGAUUUGAAUGCUCUGGUAUAGUGGAGGCUAUUGGAGAAAACACUAAAGGCUUUGAGAUUGGCGACCGUGUGAUGGCAUUUGUGAACUAUAACGCCUGGGCAGAGGUGGUGUGUACACCGCUGGAGUGGGUUUAUAAGAUUCCUGAUGAGAUGACGUUCCCAGAGGGAGCUGCAUUCUGCAUGAACUUUGUGGCUGCCUACAUGAUGCUGUUUGAAGUGGCCAAUCUCCGGGAGGGCAUGUCUGUAUUGGUUCACUCAGCUGGAGGUGGAGUGGGUCAAGCUGUAGCUCAGCUUUGUUCCACAGUUCCCAAUGUCACUGUUUUCGGCACAGCCUCAACCUUCAAACACGAAGCCAUCCGACACUCCGUCACUCACCUGUUUGACAGAAACGUGGACUAUGUAGCAGAAGUUCGAAAGAUCUCUCCUGAUGGAGUGGACAUUGUUCUGGACUGUCUGUGUGGAGAGAACACGGGGAAAGGCUUGGGUCUACUGAAGCCGUUGGGCACCUACAUCCUGUACGGCUCAUCGAACAUGGUGACUGGCGAGACGAAAAGUUUCUUCAGCUUUGCCAAAUCUUGGUGGCAGGUGGAGAAGGUUAAUCCCAUCAAACUGUAUGAAGAAAACAAAGUCAUGGCUGGAUUCUCUCUGCUGAACCUGCUCUUCAAACAGGGGGGCUGCAGCCAGGUGAAGACCGCCGUGCAGAAGCUGCUGUCUCUCUACAGUGAAAAGAAGAUCAGACCUCUGGUGGAUUCUCUGUGGGCUCUGGAGGAGGUAAGAGAUCUCAGAGUUUAG